UAUCAGCUUGGUCCUCGCGAGCUAGACAAACACUCUAAAUGGCCGAUGCUUCUCAUGAUACAUGGAAGCUGCCUACCAGAGCUCAUUAUUCCUUUACUAUUUGUUGGAGCGUGGACCACAGGCAUAUGCUUAUUUUCAAGGCAUGUGCACGAUGUGGGCAUUGCGACAACUUUGCUCACUGUCCUUGGGUUCAUUGUUGCCUUAUCUUUGUCUUUUCGCAGUUCCACGGCAUACGAAAGAUACAUGGAGGGAAGAAGAGCUUGGACGCAAUUGACUAUGGUUUCGCAGAAUCUUGCGCGAAAUAUUUGGGUUAAUGCUGUGGAGAGGGAAGAGAGCGCCAAGGACGACCUGCUGUCAAAAGUGACCGCCCUGAAUCUGAUAGUGGCUUUUGCCCAGGCGCUCAAACAUCGCCUCCGGUUCGAGCCAUACACUCAUUACCGCGAUCUGAAAGACCUGGUGGGCCAUCUGGACACCUUCGCAAAUGAAGCAACGGAACUCGAGACCCAUCGCGACGAAGACCCGCCGACAUUCUGGGAAUCCUGGGGAGACUACCUCGCCAUUCCAAUGCUUACCUCCAACCCGAGAAAGACAAUCAAGCGCGCUAGAUAUCCACUUGGCAAUCUACCCCUAGAGAUUCUGAAUCAUUUGGGUGUUCAUAUCCAUUCUCUCAUUGCAUGUGGCUGUUUUAGAGCGAAUGGGUACCAGGCACAAGCUUUGAAUGCAAUUCUGGCUCUGAACGAUAUACAGGCCAAUACAGACCGCAUUCUCAACACUCCACUACCCCUCGCUUAUGCCAUAGCUAUAUCCCAGUUAACUUGGGUAUACAUCCUCAUUCUGCCUUUCCAAUUGUACUCCACUCUUGGCAUGCUCGCUAUCCCAGGCACUUUACUGGCAGCAUACAUGAUCCUGGGCUUUGCCUCCAUUGGCCGCGAGAUCGAGAACCCGUUCGGCCACGACGUAAAUGACCUGCCGCUCGACGACUUCUGCGCGCAGCUCGCUGUUGACAUUGACAUCAUUGCUGCUAUGGCGCCCAAAGACGCGGAUACAUUUGUGAAGAGUGAUAAGAAUCAGCUCAUGCAUCCGCUUAGUAGGAGCGGCUAUGAAGCAUGGAGUGAGAGCAGUGUGGACGAGAUCAGGGACGCGUUGAAGAGGAAG